CACGAAAUGUCGAUCUGGAGCGAACUGCGCCAUCCCAACAUCCUUCCUUUUUUAGGUCUAGCGCGGCUGGAUGAACUAGGCCCAUGUUUUGUUUCGCCCUGGAUGAUGCAUGGAGAUGUCCUCAGCUAUCUCAAGGAGUAUCCAACAAUGGACAGGGUUCGGAUCAUACGCGGUGUAAUCCAAGGCAUUACCUACCUGCACACACAGAAAAGGCCCGUAAUUCAUGGCGAUAUUAAAGGGCUCAAUAUACUUAUCUCGAGUGAGGGAUUUCCCGUCCUUUGCGAUUUUGGGCUGUCUAUCCUCCUCGACCCCGAUGUCGACCGUGCCACCACAACUACUGCAGCCCUUGGCUCACAGAGAUACAUGGCGCCAGAACGUCUCCUUCCAAGAAGAUACAACCUGUCUAUGCAUCAGAGUCGCACGCCCGCUGCGGAUAUGUUUUCUUUUGCAAUCACCGCAUUUGAGAUCCUCACUUCCAUCAUCCCGUUUGUGGGGAUAUCGGGCUUCAACGCUGGUAUGGAAAUCGUAAACGGAAGGCGACCCGACAUUCCUGAGGUCUACUACAACAAUCCGGCACACAAGAACUUGAUUGAGUCUAUCACAGGAUGCUGGUGUGAGCGACGGGAGGAGCGGUUGACCGCUGUUCAAGUCCUCGAACUUUUGGGAUGACCUCGAUUUCGUCCCAUGUUGUUUGGAGCUAGUCAUGUUGGAAGCGCUUUUCAUGUGGGAUCGCUUCUUUAUCUUACAAGAUGAUGAUUACAUUGUAUCUGCA